UGUGACAUUGUUUGGAAGGAUGUUCACAGAGAAGUCCUCACCUCAGAGGCAAAUGGAAGGUCUGAGGCUCAAGCAUGUCAACCUAGAACUGUGGCAAAACCUGGAAGAUCAUGACACACAGGGGCUGAGCUCCAGUCAGCUGGUACUGCGGCGAGGCAGACCCUUCAAGAUCACCUUGCUCUUUGAAAACAGGCAGUUUAAUCCCCACACAGACAGUCUCAUCUUCAAAGCCUCCCUAGGUGGACUGUACGUCGAAUUCCCAGCUGUCCUCUCAAAGGACUCGUUCCACCCGGAGUGGGGUGCUCACUUUCAGUUAGGGGAUGUGUACCCCCUGUCUGUGAUGGUCCACAUCACUACCUCAUCCCGGUCCCCGGUGGGACUCUACAGCCUGCAGCUGCACAUUCUGUCCUGGAACCAGCAGCAUGACUACAUCAUCGGGAAAUUCGUCCUGCUCUGCAACCCCUGGUGUCAGUCUGAUGCUGUGUACAUCCCCUUUGAAGACCAAAGAGAGGAGUAUGUGAAAAAUGACUUUGGCCUGUUGUACAUGGGGACACCUCAUAAUGUAAUAUCACAGCCAUGGGCAUUUGGCCAGUAUGAGAAGGGGAUCCUGGAGAUCUGCCUGAAUAUUCUGCAGGUCAGCCCACAGCACAGCAGGGACAGGCAGAGGGACUACCUGCACCGCUCUGACCCUGUGUACCUGAGCAGGGUGGUGUGUGCCAUGAUCAACUGCGAGGACGACAGGGGCGUGCUGCGGGGGAACUGGUCGGGGAGCUACAGGGGCGGGCUUGACCCGUCAGAGUGGACGGGGAGCGCCGACAUCCUGAAGAGCUGGGCCGAAACCUGUUUCAGCCCAGUGGAGUAUGGCCAGUGCUGGGUCUUCGCUGCUGUCAUGUGCACCGUCAUGAGGGUCCUCGGAGUCCCGUCCCGGGUCGUCACGAAUUUCAACUCAGCCCAUGAUACCAACGGCAACCUCAUCAUUGAGGAGUUUUACACAGACAUGGGGGAAAAGCUGCACAUGUCAAAAGACAGCAUAUGGAAUUUCCAUGUGUGGGUUGAAUGCUGGAUGACUCGCCCUGACUUAGGCUCAGCGUUCAGCGGCUGGCAGGUAUUGGAUCCCACUCCUCAGGAGAGGAGCAGAGGGAUAUUUUGCUGCGGCCCGUGCCCUGUGAAGGCCAUCAGAAAGCGACGGGUGGACCUAGCAUACGACACGCCCUUCGUUUACGCUGAAGUCAACGCCGAUGUGCUCACGGUCAUCGUGGCCAACGGCCAGGUGGUCGGCCGGAGCUUGGACACAGAGCGCGUGGGCACGCGGAUCUACACCAAAAGCAUAGGCUCGCUCAAGCCCGAAAAUCUGACAUGUGCCUACAAGUGUACCCACGAUAUUGCAAGACUGCAGUCAACAUCCAGCCAAAGAAGGAAGAGUUUGGACAUUUCCCUGAGCAUUGACAAAGUUCCUGUGGUUGGGGAAGACAUCUCUGUGUCUGUCACCAUCACCAACAAGAGCAGUGUAACCAGGUCUCUGAGAGAGCACAUCAAUGCCCAGGCCAAAGACUUCAACAACAUCUACCUAAAGACAUUCUGGGAGCUUCGAAACCAUGUGCAGAUUGUACCCUGGGAAGUUAAAACCAUACGGCACCGGAUUCCACACUCCCAGUACGAGGGGGCACUGAUGGCGGACAAUCUGGUGAACCUGGCAGUGGUCAUCGAGGAUGAGAGAACCCGGGAACGAGGUCUGGCCUCGGAGGAGCUUAACAUCACCACCCCACAAAUCUCCAUUCAGUUUGCCGGAGGAGACCGCUUGGUGUGGAACAAGGAGCACAGUGUCCUCGUGACCUUCACCAACCCAUUCACCACACCCAUGUGCAAUGUCCUUCUUACGGUUGAAGGAUUCGGUCUGAUAGAGGGGAAAGCACAAUCAAAGGUGUAUCUCCUGCAGGCGGGAAAGACUGUGGAGAAGACGAUCACCUUCACCCCCACAUCAGCAGGCACCAAGAUGCUGCAAGCCAGCCUUGUGUCCAAAAACAGCUCUGCUAUAAUCAGAAGCUUCCACACAGUCUCCGUGACAACGGAGUAGGUCCCACGGCUACAGUUCUACAGCUGGUGAUUACUGGAAUAUACCAUUUUGACAGGAUAUUGGGGAUGAAUUCAUGAAGAAUGUAUUUUCUGUGUGGAAUGCUUUUUAUUUCCUUUUUUGUGUAUUAUAAGAUACUUGAAUCCUAUAUAUUCCUCCUUAUUUACUGUGUUGCUACAUACAUCAUGAGAGUACAAUAGAGACAAAUUCAAAUGUUAGCAUGCCUGUACUUUUUCCUCUUUAUAUAUGUAUUACUGUUGAUCAAUGUUUUUGAAUUGGGGUGGCUGGAAGUGAGGCUAAAAUCCACUGCUGAGAGGUGUCACCUCUCAUCACCUUCAUGGUAUCACUUGUAAUUUCCAGCAAAUAUCUGUGUGUAUUGCAAGAUCAGAAAAAGUCUGAAAAGUUAAGUUUUUUCCAUUGGUUUUGCCAUGUCAGCUGUAUCAGAUAAACUUGUUGAUUUGUUGCUGUCGAACUGUUUCAUGUCCCAUGACGAUAACUGAGAAAGGCAUUCAUCCAGAAUCGACCGCUAAUCUACAUCAGGGCUAAUUUGUUCCAUCAAGUUGUGCUUAAUCAAGAGUAAUCUAUGCGCCCGUCAGUGCGAUAUUAAUUACCACCACGAAUGAGACAGUGCACGCGUGUAGUCCACUGCCCAAGCCUAGGCAGCCCCUGCUCAGACCUGUGAUGUGACAAAUGGAGCAAAUCUCAUUCCUGUCUCCAGAAAUUAUUUCCUGUCGCCUCACAGAAAUGCCGUCCUCCAUGCUGCUCACACGUCCCCGUUGGUGUGAAAAUUUGCCAAGCUCUCGCGUUCUCACGUGGCGAGAUCAUGUCAAAACGAACCCCCUCCAAGCAGACGCGGGACGGCUGUGAGUGCAGGUUUCACGCUAGGAAAACGCUCACCACGAGGUGUGUGUACAAGUAAUGACACCUGCUAGUGGCUGACUGCAAAAAAAAAAAAAA